GCCGAUGCCUGUUUUCAAUACGGAAGUUUAUUUUCAUCCCGCGCGCCAAUGACUUGGGGUGCCUUGGAACAAAAUUGCGUCAUUGCGUCACUUGAACGGUGGCUCGUUUGCAGGACCGAAGGAAUGACUAUAAGGACUUUUUUUGCUCACGCUUUGCCAUGUCGUUUACAUAGCUCAGCUCACCUCGCAACCUCGAAGCCAAAGCCCUGUGAUUUUUACCCUCUAAAUCUCAUAAUCCAGACGAUAUUCAAAUCAGUAAUACAACAACAUGUCAAGGUCAAGCACGCCAGUUCAUUCCACUGGGCGUGGAGGCGCCGGCAACAUUGGCACUGACGACACGAUUUACACGGACGGAGGUCUCUUCCGUGAAGGUAUCCAAGGCGAAUCUCUUGACGGCGAGUUUUCCACUGGUCGCGGUGGAGUUGGCAACAUUGGUAAGUCGCCUCGCGUCGGGCCGCAGUCUGACGAGGGUCGGCCUGUCGACAUGGUCCCCGAGAUCAACCAGCGCAACCCGCAAGAUGAGUUCCAUACCGGGCGAGGCGGCGCUGGCAACGUCCACAAAGAGAAGCAUGGCGGCCAUUCCCACUCUCCCGAUCGCCAGGGCUUUGGCGACAAGAUCAAGCAUGUGCUUCAUCUCGACAAGAAGAAAGAGCACGAGAGCUCUCCUCUGGCGCAUAAUGAGCCGGCCAACUAGUCAUGAUACCCCGGUUCGCGCGAGCCUUGUGGAGGAUAUGGUAGUAAUAUGAGCGUUUCGGACAUCGAUGAUACCUCAGGCCGUAGUCUCUGUCCAUAAGCCGGUCUUCUUUUUUGUUUCGUUGAAUUCUUUAGAGCCGAUAAAUACCUACACUCAUUCAAACAUCUUGCAAGGCGCAUGUUGGCUUGAUUUGCGAUGAAGUUUGCAGCGGGUCUGACUAGAAUAGUGGGGGUGAAGACUAGCAGCCCGGACCACGUGGGGUAACUUCGCGGUCGCCCAACGCCAAACGCGUCAUUGGGCUUAGGAAAAUCUACCACUUUUUGC